GUCACCCAACCUGCCGCCUCUCCCAUUCCCCCAUUUGAGAGACAGCUCAAUGAGGAGAUCUCGCCAACUUCUCGUCUUCUAUUCGUCUGCGGGAUCGGUUGGGGUAAUAAUUUGGGGGAAAUCCAAAUGGAGAGUUUGGUAGUGGCGGAACAGAGGAGCGAGGCAUUGGUGGUCGGAAAAUUAAAGAUGGAUCCUCGUCGGCGGCGGUGGCGGAUAUUUCCUUUGCGUCCACUUAAUCGUUUGUUCCUGCGGUGAUGAUGCAGCGGAGGAUAGAGUUCCACCUGGCGAGGAAGCAGUACGGUGGACAGGGAAUGUGUCGGGAUUUCCGAUCGAAAUGCUACACCUUGAUUCAUCGAAGAGGGAGCUGACGACGACAAUGUCGCGGCAGGUGGUGAAGAGAGGCGACGGGACGACGAUGAAUUUGUGGGAGAACGAGAUCAGUAGCUAGCUUCGAUAUUACAUUUCACCUAUAUCUGCAAUUUUUAGCAUUCAAGUUUUGAUCCUUUUCCGUGCCUCUAAUGUGGGUAUGAGGUUUCCGAUCUAAUUGUGUACAUGGCUACCUCGAAAUGUUGAGCUAAGCUAUUUAUGGUAAGCUUGGAAUCGAACUGAAUCAUGAUCCUUACCUAUUGGGAUGAGUGAAGCUGUCCGGUCUGUGACAGGUAGCGGGUAUAAUUUAACAACUAAGGGUAUUAGAGUAAAUUUAAUAUAAUUAGGGCGAUGAAUAAAGAUUUUUAGGGCGACGAAUAGCAAUCCCCUUUAAUUAAGGGCUAAUACCAUUACAACACCCGAACUAUUGGAAAAAUGCGACUUGUAUCCUAUUUUAUUCAAUAUUCCUUUUCUAUCCCGCCAUAUGAUACUUUGUGCCAUUUGUAUCCUGACCAUUUUGUUGACCGUUAAAAAUAAUGGUUAACCAAACGGCAGUCAAGCCAAUGUUGACUUUUGCUGACGUGGUAGAAAAUGUGGCAUCCACGUCAGUAACAUUUUCUUAAUUCAAAAUCAAAUAAAAAUACAAAAAUCAUUAAAAUUACAAAAAUAAAAUCCCCAUCGUCGCCUUCAACCCCCUACCCGCCUCGCUCUGCUUCGCCCUUCACCGGAGACAGAGCUCUUUGUUGCCUUCAAACCCUUCCCAGAAUCAACAUGAUAACAACGAUCUCUCUGCCUCUAUCUUCCCCGGCGGCAACCUGCUCUCCAAAGCGACCUCGACAUGGCUUCCUCAACUCUCUCCAGCUUUCUCCACAACCUCGAUUUGAAGCUCAGAUCCGGCGUCCUCCACCAGUCGAACACCAUCGUUUUAUCCCAGCCAGGGGUGGAAUCGAAGAAGGAAGAGCUUGCGUUGUUUUUGAGAGAUCUAUUCACCAUAUUGCAAAUCGGCGGGCUGGAAUUCAAGAAGAAGGGGCACGAAUCUCUGCUUCUCAACGACGAUGAGAAGUCGGGAGUUUAAGUGUCGAUGUUGACAUCGUCUGCAAACGACUAAUAGAGGAAGAUUGUGUGUCGAGGAAGGUGGAUUGGGCCAGCCGACGAGAGUUCCUGAUUAGGCUAUCUUUGCCCAAAUUGUGCCUCAGAUUUCUUCGAUUUGGGGAUAGGGAGCUUUGUUAAUAAGCUUGCCGAUUUCGAUCCAAAUAUCUAGAUAUGCUUGCUUGAUUUCCUUACUUCGACAACGACUAUCUAUUUCUCUUCUUUUGUUCUCCCUGAUUUCCUCUGAGUCUCGCAAGAUCGGAAAACCCAUAUUUGUAAUGUUCAUCCACCACCAGUCUAUCAACCAUAUGAGUUCCAACCACAACAUAUCCUCCACCACUUUAUUAAUCAUUUUAUACAACCCACAAAACACGAGCUUCGCACAAUAGCGAAGAAGAAGGAUUAGAAGAAUGAAUGGAUUUGAGAGCAACGACGGCGAGUUUAGAAUAACAGGAAGAUGAGGAUUCCAAGGAGGUGAAGGAGCGGCGAUGUCUGAAGGGUUUUUUUAUUUCUAUUUUAUUUUGGAUUUUGGAAAUAUUUUUUAGUGUUUUAUUCUCUUUUUUAUAUUUUUAUUUAUUUAUGUGAAAAAUAAAUAAAAACUAAAAUUGAAAAUUACAUGUCAGAUGCCACGUCAAUGCUGACCAAAUUUCUGUUAAAUACUAAAGGUCAACACUAACGGAAAAAUAGUUCGGGAUAUAAAUGGAAUAUUGGAUA